AUGGGCCGGGGGCUGCUGCUGCUGCUGCUGCUCCAGGACUGGGGCUGCACUGCAGGCUCCGAACUGGCCUUCGUGAGGGAGCCAGAGGAUGCGGUGGCCAUGCGGGACCACCCGCUGGUGCUGCCCUGCCAGGUGGAGGGCGAGCCGCCUCUGUCCAUUUCCUGGCAGCGGGAUGGACUGGUCCUGGCCAAUGACAGUGGUGCCAACCUAAUGCUGGACGGCUCCCUGCAUCUGGCCACCCUGCCAUCACUCCGGAGCCUCCCUUCCCAUGCCCACGAGUACCACUGCGUGGCCCAGAACCGCUAUGGGCGGCUGGUGAGGCGGCGGGCCCGGGUACAGUUGGCAAAGUCUGUGGAGGUGGAGCAGGGUGGAGUUGCCCGCUUCCAGGGCCUGAUCUGGGGGGUGCCUGAUCCCUCCAUCUCCUGGGAGCACAAUGGCAUGGCCCUGAGCACUGCCGACCACCGGGUCAUGCUGCUGCCUGGCGGCAUCCCCCACAUCACCAGCGUGAGCCAGGCUGAUGUGGGCACCUACCGCUCCGUGGCACGCAAUGUGGCCAGUACUCGCCACAGCCAGGGUGCCCAGCUGACCCUGAGUAGUAAGCAAGGACCAGGGGAAAUCAGCGUGGGCACCAGGCAGAAAGUGGGACCCCAGAGACUGCUGCAGGAGCCGGAGAUUCUGUCUGGGCCUCAGAACUUGACCCUCACAGUGCACCAGACGGCGGUGCUGGAGUGCAUCGCCACUGGCUACCCGCAGCCGCUCCUCUCGUGGAGCCACCUGGACGGCUGCUCCUUCGGCGUGGAGGGCAUCCAAGUCCUGGGCACCGGGAAUCUCAUGAUCUCCGAUGUGUCUGUCGAGCACUCGGGCGUCUACGUCUGCGCCGCCAACCGGCCAGGGACCAGAGUCAGGCGCACGGCGUCCUCCUGGUGCAGGUUUGUCCAGUGGCCACAGUUCUUGUCCAAGCCUCCGGGAAGCAGCGCCAUUUUCACCUGCGUGGCCCAGGGUGUCCCCAAGCCCCGUGUGGUCUGCACACUGAUGGUGGCCGGGGUCUCAGCCGAGGACGAGGCCAUCUACCAAUGCGUGGUGAACAGUGCUGGCUCCAACCAGGCCAGUGCCCACCUGGCUUUGACAGGGGCCCCAGAGCCUCUCCUUAACCGAGGCCUGCAGGCUACAGCCCUCUCCACCUCUGCCAUUCGACUAUCCUGGGAGCCAUCCCCCUCCAGUGGGGACAUCAUCGGCUAUGUGCUGCACCUCCUGCCUGUCUGUGGCAGUGGUCUUCGAGCCCCUCUGGACGCUUAUCAGGCCUCUGGAUCCUCUGCUGCCCUGGGCUUCUCCACCAAGGUGCUCAAUGCUACCACCGUGCAGGCCUCCUGGGAGCUGCCACCCCAGCUAGAGCCCAUCCAAGGCUUCAAGCUCUUUUGCCACAAGCUGCCGGCAGGCCAUUUGGAGAGGCCCCUGCUCCUGGCCGGCACUGUCAGCUCCUUCCUCUACACAGACCUGGAGCCAGCUGCCCUCUGUGAGAUCAAGCUCCAGGCAUUCAAUGGCAAUGGGGAUGGGAAUAGCAGUGCCCGCCUUGUGUCUCUGCGUGAUGUGCCCCUGACCACCAUGGACCCAUAUGGACGGAAGGGCUUCGCCUCCACCUCUGGUCCUCUGACAGUUGGCCCUGUGUCCACAGAGUCCAAGGCUGGUUGCUCUUGCAGCCAGGAUGGGAGCAGCUCACUGCCUGGGGUUGUGGUGGGUAUCCACGUGGGCCUAGCUGCCCUCAUCGUUUGCCUCCUCUGCCUUUUCCUGGGCUGCAAACACAGGGCCCCAGCCAUCAUCCUGUAUCCUCUCCAGGCUUUGCGAGCUAAGAACCUAAGGACAGUGGGGGUACUCAGCCCAGGCUGUGGGGAAACUGGGCCCCUGAAGGAGGCAAACUGUGAAACAGCUGCCUUUUAG